AUGACUAAGGGUAAGUCGCGCGACCCUCGCGCGACCUCCCUGCUCACCCUCAAUCGCGCGAGCUCAGGGCGGCGUUGCUCACCAACUAGAACAGGAAGGGCAGUCGACCGGGUGCUCGUAAAUUUUUGCUCGGUAGGUAUACCUAACCUGAAGGUAUUCCAUAUCCGUACUCUGUACUGUACCUGGUAUCCGUACCUGACUGAAUACGGAGUAAUAAUGAACUCAUCCAUGAACAAAAUUCCCCAAAACUUGUUAGUUAAUUAUUACGACAUCCCCAUUCUUCCCUCCCCUCCGGAGGCCUCCCCCAUCGUCAAGAAGUUUAAUCUAAACAAACAUACGGAGUACUAUGGAUUUAUAUGGACCAAGAUUAGUACUGUACAGUACAUCUACUUGGUGAAUGGUGGGGAAGGAGGAAGGGUGAAGGGAUCUAUGGGAUGGGGGAAAAAUAGAAUAAAAAGUAUAUUAAAAUUAGUAUUUGAUUUGAUUGACUGUACUCUGUACACCGUCCUCUGA